CACGGCUUGCACCCAAUCUCCACCAUAUCCCGUCUUAGGGUCUAGUUAGCAUUCUGGCUUCGAAUUCUUGGUUUACCUGUCAGCCGAAUGGCGGAGAUCGCGUCUGUGGUUCGACAGCACUCCCGCAGCGCGCGUCAAACCCGUAAGCCUCCUCAGCUGUUGCCUAGCCAGUCAUUCCACCGUGGCCGGCCGUACGAUGCCGCAGAUGGUUCCAGCGAGCGACGUCGCAGAAGCGGCUGCAGCCCUUACGGCGACCGACCGCCUGGUUUCGAACCGCCGUCUCCCAGCUCCGACCAAUCGUGCCACUCAAGCGGCAACUCGCCCAGGCCCGAUAGACGGCCGGCGCGUAACACGGAGUAUCGCGACGGACAGCAUCGGGUGGAGGGCGCUAGUCCGCGCGAUUGGACGUCGGGCGACGAGUCGGAGGAGCAUUCGGCAGAGAGCAAAGUGCGCCGAUGGCUGGGAGCUAGCGCCGCAGACGACGGCGCGCAGGUGGCGGCCGCGGAGGGGGAACGGCCGUUCUGGCACCGGCUGCUCGGGUGGGACCGACGAGCCACGCCGGCAGUGCAGCCGGCAGCGGCAGCUGCGCAGGCGAACGGCGGCGGCGAGGGAUUGCGAGGCGGCGACGGGAUCAUGGCGCCGGAGCUGCUGUCCAUGUCGCGAUGGCUGCCGCACGGGACGGGCCGGGAGAGUGCUAUCGAGUUAGAGCCUAUAACGGAGCAGUGGACGGAGGAGGGAAACGCGCAGCGGAGCAUGCCGCGGGCAGUAGGCGCAGACAGGCGCGGGGACAACGGCUCCGCAGCGAGAGAGUACGAGAGCCCCCAUGGCUCCCACGCCUCCACGUUUGACGCUGCGGCGCGAGAGUCCGCGUUGCUGCACGAGCCCCUUAUCACCGACCCCAUGGAGGCUGCUGCCGCUGCCACUGCCGCCGGCCCUCCUCCGGGCCUACCAAGGUGGCUCAGGGAGGUGGAUGUGGGUCCGCUGAACACAGGCUUGGAGCCGCACGUCCGGUUCGAUGACAGUGGCUCCAGCGCGUCCCAGUACAUGGACGUCGCCGGACCUGUGCAUGAGGCUCGGACCCAGCCUCCAGCUUCUAGGGCUCGGAAUUCGAGCCUGAUGAUAUCGCUGGAUGCCGGGGAGCACGACCAGGAUGGCAUGGCGGCUGAUGACGUGGAUAAGGACGGGCCAAUCAGGAACGGCCUAGCUGGCGUCCCGGACGAGCUGAGGGCAAGCCGCGUGGCCUCAGCCUUUGCAGCGAUAGAGCAGAAUGGGAAGUUGCCUGGAAGCGGGCUGGGCCGUGCGAGUGGCAGCAGUGAGGAUGGUGGGGAGAAGGGGGAGCGGUGGGGGGAUGGGGAUGGGAAGGGCGCAGGGGAGGACGAGGAGGGGGAGCAGUUUCUGCUGGACAAGGAAGUCAUUCAAGCGAUGUACGAGUCAGUGAAGCACAUGCAGUGGCUGACGGAGAACUUCAAGAACCUGCUGGCCUUCUCGCUCUACACAUGCCUCUACCUCGCCGUGCUCUACCUCCAGGCCGACUCCUCCCGCAACUACGAGGUCGCCACCGCCCACAACAUCCUGCUGCCGCCGGGCGUUUCGGGCGCACAGACGAACCUGCUGAACGGACCGGAGGACUUCUACUCGUGGCUCAACGACACCAUCCUCCAGGUGGUGUGGAAAGACCCCCCCUGCGGCAACGGUGUGUGCGAGCGGCCCCUGGAGUUCCCCGCCUUCGGCCGCUUUGGCUGUGAGGCGGACUGUGGCGCCAUGCCCGCGCUGCGCCCUCUCACGCUGCGCCUCUCCUCCGCCUUUGCCUCGCUGGACCAGGCCCAGGCGUCUGAUUGGAACCUCUGCCCAAAGGGGCUGCCGUCCCUGUGCUGGUACGAGUCCCCACAGGUGUUUUCUCAGGUGGCGGCAGACUGGGAGGACACAGUGUGGGUGCCGGAGGGCAACUGGGAGCUCAUUCUCACGGCGCCCUUUGGGGGGGUCACAGGGUCCAUGCACCUCGCAACGGACUCCUCCUCCGCGCCGCCCCUCGCCCAGUGGGGCGGCUGCCAGGAGCCCUCCGCGUCGCCACUCACCCGCUGCCGAUCUGCAUGCGCCACGUUGGCCCACUGUGUGCACAAGGCGUGCAGUGAGCCGCCCUCCGCGCGUGCGCUGGCCGCUGUCUUUGUGGACUGCGCUGCCGCCUGCAACAACCCACCGCACACACCGCCCUUCCAAGGCGCCAACCUCACGUGUCCUCAGGUCCUCCGAGCCACGCCAGGGGACUUGUCAGCGUACCACUGCGCAUCCGCUGCAGCCGGGCCCAGGCGACUGUCCCAGGAGGCAGUGCCGUUACGCCGUCAUCCUCACGCGGCACCGUGGCAGCUCUCCGGCCGCCGCAGAGCGCAGCAGCAGCGGGAUGCCGCUCUGCCUGCAGCACCGGCUGAUAUGUCCGAAGCGUCCAACUCCCCUGCUGGUGUCACCGACGCCAGCCUCUGGGCGAGCCUGGGUUCCUCUGACCAGCAGCGUAUCCAGAACUCCCACGUGGCGGUCGCCCGUGCUCUCUACACAGCAGUCAAGGACAGCUGUCUCGUCACGGCCGCUCCCUUCCAGCCCCCCCUCGCCCCCUCCUCGCUCUCAAACCCCCCCAGCACCAGUAGCGCCAGCACCACUCCUCCUGCCUCCUCCCCCUCGUCCUCCCCCUCCCCCGCCUCCCCUGCCCCGGCUCUGCUGGCCCCCGCGUCUCGACUGCGCCUGGUGGCGUUUCUAUGCUCGCUGCUGGGCGGGCCGCAGGCGGCGCAGCACGUGCACGGGUGCAACUACACACACCACGCGUCGGGCCGGCAGCUCGUGUCGCUGCAGCAGCUUGCCACUGACGUGCCGUGGGGGCAGGCAAACGGCACCCCAUCCCUCCUCUCCCCCACGCAGCAGGCGCGCUUCACGUCUCUCCUCCUGGCCGCCCUCGACUCAGUGGUCGCCCUGCCCCCCACCGCGCGCGCCUCCCUCGCCCGUCUCCUGCGCGCCCUCGACCCCUCGGUGGUUGACCCCUCGCUGCCGCCAUGUGGGCUGGCGGUGGGCCCCACGCUGCUGUGGGCGCCGGGAGUGGGGCUGAACACGACGGUGGCAGCGGGAGACAAGGUCACGUGGCUGUGGGCGGAUGGGCUGCCGCACGCCCUCACAUUGGCGGACCCGAGCCCGCCCCUGCCCUCCCCCUGGCACGGCUUUGGCUCUGGCCGCCUGGUGGUGGCGGCAGACGCCAUGUGCUCCACUGACAACGUGGGCGUGCUGCCGGAUGCCAGGGGCGAGUCAGAGCGCGAGGUGGCAGCGGUGCAGCAGCAGUGGGCGGCGCACAUCCCCCUGCCCUGCGCACUCUCUGUCCCCGGUGACCCCUCUGUCUUCUCAGUGUCAGCCGUGCUCCUCUCCCCCGGCCCUUACCGCUACCAGUGCGCGCGCACUGGGCAGCCCAUGGCAGGCCUGCUCUCCGUGCUCCCUUCCCCUGCUGCGCCUCAGUCGCUCUCCAUAACCACCCUUGCUGCCGAUACAUCACUUGCGACUGUUACGCUCUGGGCACGUGCGACUGCGGCUGCUUCUCCUGCAGUUGCCGCCCCACUUCCCGCGGCCACAACAGUGUCCCCACCGCCGCUGGCAGAGCAGUGUGCGCCGGGCUGCACUCUGAGCAUGCUGGCGGACGGGCUGUGCCACAGCGCGUGCCACGUGGACGCGUGCGCCUUUGAUGGGGGCGACUGUGCGUGUGCCGGCCCCCCCUUCACUCUCCCGCCCUCCAUGGCUGCUGCCCCCACCUCCUGCUCCUGCCCGGUUGACCAGGCGCGCUCGAAGCAGGGAUUGUGCUGUCUCAUGAAGGACGCCGGCUCGCGCCUGCGCUUCCCCUUCGCCGUCCGUGGCGCCACCUCCGACGCCACCGUGAAUGGUAUCACCAAUGCUACUGCCACGAGCACCAACGCCAACAACACCACCACAGCCAACAGCACCUCGGCGUCGCUGCUGCAGGCGCUGAUGGCGGCGCGGCAGCAGGAGGCGCAGGUGCGGUUUGUGGCGGAGCACAACCGCCUGCUCAUCGGGCUCUUCCUCGAACAGACGCGCGCCGAUGGCGGGCCCUGCCGCCCCUCCAGGUUCCUGAGCCUCUUCCCCUACUGCGCCAACAGCACCUCGCGCCAGCCAUUUGGAGUCAACCCCGCCUUCCUCCCCUCCUCCUCCCUUUAUGACCCCGACGCUGCCGCCGCCCUUGCCAGCCAGUCAGACCCCUCUGAUCCGGGCGGCAGCAGCAGCACUGUAGACCAAUCAGCAGACGGCAGCACUGUAGCAUCUCCAGAAUCCACGGAGCUGCGGGCGUUUCAGAACCGCAGUGUGCCGUACGGCUUCGCGCCAGUGCAGCCAAACAAGGCCGCCUUCCCGCUGCUCUUCGACGUCAACCUGGACAGCCGGGCGGCUGCCGCCCGCCUGCAGUACCUCGUGGACGGCUUCUUCAUUGACAACGCCACCCGCACCAUCACCGCCCAGCUGCUCACCUACAAUGGGGAAAGCCAUCACUUUGUGCUCACACGAGUGCGCUUCAUCUUCCAGGUGGGCGGGCAGAUGGCCGUCAAGUACGAGAUAGAGCCGGUGAACGUGGAGGUGUUUCGCACGGAGGGCGACUGGGUGCAGCUGGGCGUGACCAUCCUCUACGUCAUCGCCGUCAUGUGGAACCUGCUCGAGGAGGCACGGGAGGCCGUCAGGCUCUGGCUGCAGACCGGCAAGGUGUGGACGUACUUCCGGUCGCUGUGGAACUGGCUGGACGUGCUCUCGCUCACCAUCCAGUUCACCGGCAUCAUCAUGUGGUUCAUCAUAUCGGUGCAGCUGUCGGGCCCCUUCACAGUGCAGGCGCGCUACAACGUGUACGCCUCCCUGGGCGACACGCCCUUCUACUGGCGGGUGGUGUACCCGCCGGUGGAGUACCUAAACGCCAUGGCGGUGUACAGCCAGGUCGAGAACAUCAUCUCCUGGCGCUCCAUAUGUGUCGCCAUUCAGGGCAUCAAUGUGUUCCUGAUGACUCUGCGCCUCUUAAAGCUCAUGGACUUCCAGCCGCGCAUCUCCAUCCUCACACGAACUAUGGCAGCAGCCCUGCCUUCCCUCGGCCACUUCCUCCUCCUCUGGGCGAUCGUCUUUGUCGGCCUCUCCGUCUACGCCUACGCUGUCUUCGGACGGACCCUCGAUCAGUUCAACACGCUCGCCAUGUCGCUUGUCUCCUGCUUCCUUAUUCUUAUUAAUGAUAACUCGACGGGUUAUUAUUUUAUUCAGCUGGAGGGGUGGCCGCUGGCGGCAGCCAUGGUGUUUUGGAUCGCGUUUGUGGCGGUGAUGGUGUUUGUGCUGCUCAACGUGCUCAUUGCCAUCGUGGUUGAUGCCAUGAUGGAAGUGCAGAAGGAGUCGGAGGAUUCGCCGUCCUUCUUCCUGGACAUGUGGCGUGUGCUGCGUGCCUACGCCAUCCGCUGCUCGUCGCGCUACUGGAAGCCCGGCCGCCUGCAGAGGCACCUGCUCGCACUGGGGGCGGAGGACGAGCCCCAGGGUUCGCUGUUUGCGCACUCCAUGCGGGUCAUCCGCGGCAGCUUCAACGACCUGGACAGCUGCUUCAGCUUCAACUGCGCCCGCCCCCAGCCGGACCUCAGCCGCCCGCGCCGAGUCUUCCGAGUCAACGCCCGCAGCUACAACGCCGAUAACUUGUCGGCAGUCCUCGAACGCCGCCUGCAGCGCUUUCCCGCCGCUGCUGCUUCGCGCCGAUUUUCACUGCUCAAAUCAGACCAGGAAAGUAUGGAUCAAGAAGUGCCAGGCAUCAACCCUGAUAAAAUUACAGAUCUCAUCUUGGCUCAGUUUGGAGAAGACAUGGGCGUGACGGUGCGAGGUCCGGGGCAGGGCCAUGAUGAGGAUGAAGAACAGCUCGAGAUGAUGAAGGGAAAGGUUUCUGAAAUCGAACGGCGCACCGCUGUCUCGUCUGAAGGCCUGGCAGAGCUUCAAGGGGAAUUGCAAUUGCAGCGCCGUGCACUUCGCCAAUUGCAACGUCAUCUCGCCAAUCGAGACCUUCGGAUUGAAGAGCAGAGAGCAGAGUUACAGAGGCAGCUGACACAACAACAUCAGCUUCUACUUAGGCUGUUAAACGCCAGAAGUUAGGAUAACAAUGUGUCCCUUCUGUUGCGAUCCGAGGAUCUCCUUAGCGAAUGGCUCGUGUUUUGUGUAGUGCAACUCUUCCCCGUUCAAACUAACGCUGAUUGGACGGCGGCCGACCUUCUGCUGUCGCCAGCCGGUUUCAAGUGGAAG